AUGGUGCUCAGUUCGAAGGGUAAGGAGAGACGUCCGAAGUUCUUGUUGAACUUCAGUGUUAACGAGUUGAUCAACAUCCCGCAAUCAAGCGGACGUUGUUAUGUUAAAUGGCAUUUGAAAGACGGCACGGGUGUCACAGGCCAUCGGUUCCAUCCUUUGGAGGGUUUGGAACGUUCUGGGGUGCACGAGCUCUCCGCGGCAGGGCCUUCCCAGGGAUCGCAGGCCAAGAGCCGUCUGUCACAUGAACAUUCAGGGUUCCUGCAUAGGACCUUGUCCAAUUCAAGUGCCAGCAGUAUCACGAGUCCCGGAAGCUGCGCCAGCGUUUCCAGCGGUGCUAGUAAGCCGUCGCAACUGUUUUUAGGUACUCACGCCUCGAGCCACAGUAGGGGCGAGACUUCAAAGAACGUCAUCGAAUACAACAAGGUCACAUGGGCCAACACGCUACAGUAUCCAAUCCAAAUCAAACUUUCCGUGGACAAACACAGAAACUUGUCUGAAAAGAAGCUUAUAUUGAAGGUGAUGUAUGAGAGUAUCGAACACUCAUCUCACACGGACCCCAGGGCUGUACCAGGGGCAAUUCCAACUGCCAAAGGAGUCAAACACAGGUCAACAGAGGCAAAGGUUGCUCUGCAGAAGUUGAACUCCAGGGGCGCUAGACAACAUGAGUUAUCGUUGGGUGAGCUUACCGCUCAUCACACAAAAUUACUUCUCGGGACCGUCGAGAUUAAUGUCGCCGACUACAUAAGAGAAGACGAAAAGUUCAUCACUAACAGAUUCCUACUGAAGGACUCGAAGGUCAACUCCUUGCUGAGUCUGUCUGUGCAGUUGAAAUUGAUCAGGGGUUCUUAUCAGGAGUUCAACUUGCCUCAUGUAAAUUUUGGCUCUGGUCAGUUUCCAGGUAUAUUCCACACAAGCAUUUCAGACAUAUUGGAAGACUCGACAGAGUUGGGGUCCCCCACAAACUCGCUGUUUAGAAAUAAUAUCCUUUCACAAACCCAGAAUAUUUACUCAUUGCAAUCACAACGCAGCAGAUCGUCUGCUUCCAGUCUAGUAAGCAGACCAUCGCAUAUGCGUAAAAUCAACUCCAACGAUGACAGUCUGCACACUCCCAUGAAAAAAGGCAACCAUUUUGCAAAUGGCCUACCUAGAGGCAGGAAUUUCGAUUACCACAAGUAUGUCGAUGAAGAGACACAUGAAAAGGAAAACGUUGUCACGCAACUGUACAAUAGAACCUUCCAAAUACCCUGGGACCUGAGACCAAAUGAAUAUAAUAUCAGCGAAUGUAUCGAAGACAUAAUAGGUGGUGGGAAUGGCUGGGCCAAGAAUGAAGAAGGUGUGAAUUUUAUAGACAUUCAAGCAUUGCUUCUGACAGAAGAUGAAAUUAAAUAUUAUGGUAUCACAAAACAGGACAGUAACGUUUCGACAUCAGAAUCGGAAGACGCUAUCAAUCAAGUUGAAGAUGAUAUUGACAUAGAUCUGAACAACUCAAGAGUGUCUAGGAAAGAACUAUUGGAAAAGCAAAAACAAUGGACUUCGAUUUCAGAAGGUCUCUAUAAGAAUAAUACGAACCCUUCAUUAAAAAAUACAACCUUAGACUCUUAUUUAGAUGCACCAAGAGACAGAAUAACAUGGCGUAUUAGACCGAUUAAGUGA